GCACUUUCCGUACAACAAGAUGGCACCCCUAACACGGUCACUUCCUGUGAUUUAGGCCGGCACGUGAGCGUGCGUGAAUAAGUAGGGUAGCGGCCGGGUUCGAGCUGCUGCGGUGGCUGACGAGGGAUGGUAAUCCUAUCCUUUCUUUCACCGGUUCCUCGGUGAUGCUGGGCGAAGGAAGAAUGGCAGCGGCGGAAGUAGCAGGACAGGCUGCCGGCAGUAGUAGCGGCACUAACCACAGCGGCAGCAGUGGCACCGGCACCGGCACCGGAGGCCUCGUUACUGAUGGCCAGGCCCCGUCCUCGGAGCGGGAGCAGCGAGUGCGCGGCUUGAGCGCCUUCUUGAGGACCCACCUCGGGCCUUACGAACCGGUCCUGACAGCUCUACAGGCCACGCUCACCUGGGAGAAGCCAGCAAGGAGCGCUCUUGGCUGGGUUGGCGCUCACGCAAUAUUCGGGUUUUUUGCCCUGACCUCUCUUCAUCUGAUAUUCUUAGUUGCAUUCACCCUAAUACUAAUAGUAUGUUUAGAUCAGUGGAAGAAUAGAAUCUGGCCUGAAAUAAAAGCAGUAAGACCUGAUCAACUAGACAAUGGAAGCUGGGGUUUUGUCCAUCCUCGACUUUUGAGUGUUCCUGAACUAUGCCACUUUUUGGCCAAAGGAUGGAUCACAGGAGACAGCUUCAUGAGAAGCCUGCUGAGUUUCAAAAAGCAAAAUCCUGGCAAGUUCUGCCUUUUAGCUUGUGGUGUCCUUACAUUUUUGGCUGUCUUAGGAUACUACAUCCCUGGUGUGUGUCUUGCCUAUAUUAUAAUGCUUUCUUUCUUAUUGUGGCCACUUGCUGUAUACCAUAACCUGAGCCAACAUCUGUACACCAAACUACAGCCAGCUCUGCAACGGUUAGACUUCAGUGUUCGUGGCUAUAUGAUGUCCAAACACAAGGAGAGACAGUCACGUCACCACAUUUGGAGGGAGCAUCCUGCUGGAGCCGAUGAGAGUGACAGUGAAGAAGAGCUUGCUGCUUUUUGUCCUAAGUUGGAUGAUGCUGUGGUUGCCAAAGAACUGACUUUCUCUGACUCUGAGCAUUCUGAUGCAGAAGUGUCUUAUACUGAGAAUGGGACCUUCAAUUUAUCCCGUGGCCAAACACCAUUGACAGAAGGUUCUGAGGACUUCGAUGGCCACAGUGAUCCAGAGGAAUCUUUUGCUCGAGAUCUUCCUGAUUUCCCUUCUAUCAACCCUGAGAUUACAGGCAUAGAUGAUGAGGAUGACACCAGCAUUGGCAUUCCAAGCCUUUCCCCCCGUAACCAGGCCUGGGAACAGAACCAACAGUCUCAUAAAAAGGAAGCAGUGACUUCAGAAUCCCUCCUGAGUGAGCUUCCAUUAAUGCAUAAUCUGACAGAUGACUUAGCUGGUUUUGUGACCAGGGGAAUGAUUCAGCUAGCCUUGUCAGGAACUUCACAGUCAGUUGCUGCGCAUAGCAACAGACAGCAGCGAAGUGCCAAGGCCUUCCUUCGGACCUCCAGCUCAGAGCUGGAUACAGAUGCUGAAGGAGAUGAUUUUGAACUAUUGGAUCAAUCAGAGUUGAAUCAGAUGGAUCCUUCAAAUUCCCGUGGUCAAUAACAAUUAUCUAGCAUUUGUUUUCUGGCUCCUUUAUCUAAUGGACCAGAAUUAGAAGAGCCAGGUGCAGGAAUAAGAUAUUACCGUACAGUUUUCAUAUCUAAUCUGGCCUGGCAAAUUUGGGAAAUUGUAUAAAUUUUAGAACAAAACACUACUAUAGCAGAAUCACAAGAAUUUGGCUCUUGUGACCUAUACCUUUGUACUUUGCCAUAUGUUGCACUCUUAAUUAAUAAAAAAAGGAAAAAAAGUCCUGCCUGAUUUAUUAAAUGACCCAGUAAAUAGGCUUCAGAUUUUGAGAAACAAGUCAGAAAUUGUCUUGUAGUUAACAAACUUAAGUUCUUGAGAAAUUCAGGUGAGUAUUUUUCCCAGUUUUUGGUUUAGGAUUUAAAUUUUCAGUACUAUUAGAAAUAUAUAUACACAGAGACACUGUAUAUGCGUUUGCAUCUGUAUAGACAUAUACAUAAAGCUCCCAAGACCUUAGAGGUACUAGAAAUUACUCCUAUCUCUAGCAAGUAUCUGCAUGUAACGAUUCCAAAUACAUAAUUUAUUUAAACCCUAGAUGAAGUAUUCUCACACAAAAUAGCAAUAAUACACACAAAGAAAUCUUUAAACUUUUGAAUGAAGAUUUCUUACCUUCUCUCUAUGACAGUUCAUGAAAGAAUUGCCCUAUUUCACUCUAGAAGUCAUCAAAUUUAAUUAUAUUGAUUUCAAAAUUGGAAUAUAUCUAAAUUACCUAUAGAUACCCAGCAAGCAGUCUAUCAUACUGAUAUAUCCCACUAUUGUUGACAUGCCCUUAUUUCAUGUUAUCUGUAGCUGUUUAGUUCUCAGAUGGAUUCCUACUUUCUGAAGAAAAAUAUAUUGCUUAUUAAGAAAGCUAAUUGAUUUCUACUGAAAGAUGACAAAGGUCAGAAUCCUAAGAACAACUGCUCCAAGCUUUGAAUACAGAUUUCAAAAUAUAAAAGUGGGCUACACUGCCUAACGAUACUUUUUUUAGGGAAAUUUCCUAGGAAUACAAAAUAGGAACAAAAUUACAUCAAAUGGAAAGGAGACAUGUGUAAUUCUGAGAUAGCAGGAAUGUUCCAUUUGAAGACCAAUUUCAUGAGACUUAGUAGAAUAGUUGGUAUAUCUUGGUUGUACUGUUUGCAUUACUGUGAAGGUACAUUCCAUCUUAGUAAAACAUCUGCUAAUAUCUGGAUGUUAUAAAUACCAUGUUUUCCCAAAAAUAAGACCCUGUCUUAUAUUUUUUUGAACCCCAAAAUAAGUGCUUGGCCUUAUGUUUGGAGAUAUUUUGGAGCUCCUCUUGCUGUCUUACCCGAUUUCCAGCUCUGUCUCCCUAACCCUAACCAGAGAAAAUGGCGGGGACUGGCUGCACAUGUGUUUAAAUAUUUUGGGGGAGGGCUUAUUGGGGGGUCUUAUUUUAGUGCUUGCACUCAAAAGCCCGAUUGGGCUUAAUUAUCAGGUGUCUUAUUUUAGGGAAACGGUACUAUGGCACCAGAAUACUGCUUGCGUCUUUCUGUUUUGAGUAAACCAGCAAAGGUGUUGUUUUUUGGUUUUUUGUUUUUUUUUGCUGCAUUCAUCUUAAAACAGUUUUGCAGACCUACGAAAAACAAUCCUUCUUUUAAUAAUUCAUAUUGUGAGAAACCUACGAGUUAAUUAUUCUGGUGCUCUGUAAUUUCCUGUACAGAAUUCCAUACACAAACUAUUUCUAUACUAAACUAUUGGAAGAUUGUACCUUAGAAGUAAUUAUCCUUGAUGGAAAGCAUUCCUGGUGAUUCUCUGAACAAGAGACUUGAAUAAGUGCUGUGCUUUUAUAUUUUAAACAUUUAUUUAGGUUUGAACUACUUAUAACAACUUGUGCAUUUGCAUAUCCAGUUAGAAGGUCUUGCUCCAUAUUUCUAUAGUAGCAAUUCAAUCUGUUAUCGUUUUUGCAGACUGAGUAGUUUUGAGAUUUACUAUUAUUUCCCAACAUACAGCAUUAAAAGACCUUCGUAAAAUACUGCCUAUUAUUUUAUUGGCCAGUAGUACUGUGAUGUUAAUGCUAUAUGACUAAUAGCACAUUCUUGCAGAGAAUAUUUGAGGAGGUAAUACAUUGUACAUUUAAAACAGCUUGGUUUGAUAGCAUUUGUGUGGCAAUAUCAUGGUAUUUAAUUGCCUUUUUGAGUGUUUAUAGUAUUGUAGAAUAUUUAUAGUAAAUUGUCUCAUUGGAGAAGUUUUUAAAGUAAAUAAUUUUUUGAUUUAAAUGUAUUGUUUAUCAUAGAAAACAAAAUACAAUACAGUAAAAUAAAAUGAAACAAAAUGGAAAUGGAAAACUGGCUAUUUCAUUAGAUUUUAUGUGAUGUUGAAUAGAAAAAGGUUUAGUGCAAUAAGACCAUCAAUACCAUCAAACACUC